UUUCCCGCCAAGCGGCACUUUCUGGCAGUAGAGCUUAGUUCAGCAGCGAGCGAUCCAAACAGGCUGUGUUCAAUCAGGCAUGAAGCGUGCAGCGGCGGAAUCUGCCGCUGCAGUCGCGGCGGCAAACAGCGCCAAGCGGCCGCGGCCACCAAGCGCUGGCGUCGCCGAAGCUGCCGACAACCAAGACUCCGAGCCCAAUACUGCAGCAGCAUCGUCAGCAGCUGAAGCAGGGCCGCAGCAGCAGCAGGAGGAGGAGGGCGAGGCGGUGGGCUCGCUGCUGCUGCCGCGGAGUGCCAAGGUGUUGGCACCCUACAAGUGUCCUGUGCCCAAUUUCGUGCGCCCGGCCGGGUCCGGCUCGUCAGGCCGCGGCGGCACGCUGGGCAUGAAGCGCAAGAUGUCUGACUACCGGCCCAUGCCCCUGGGCCGCGCCGGUGCCAGCGGCCUGCUGAUACAGCCAGCUAUGGCUGGCGAUGUUGCCGAGAAGCCGCCGGCGCAGGCCGCCGGCGGCGGCCCUGGCAUGUUUGGAGCGGCAGCGGACACGGUAGCGAGAGCGGCGGCUGGCUCUGCUGCUGCUGCUGCUGCUGGCGGCCCGCCGCAGGACGAGUACGAACGCAGCUACGACCCGUCGUACGACUACUACGGGGAUGACGGCGCUGCCACCGCAGGUGGUACUGCUGGGGCGGCGGCGGCGGCGGGUGAGGAGGUGGAGGUGGAUGAGGUAGCAAGGGCGCGGGCGGCCGCUGUACGGGCUGCGCGCGAGGCGGCGGUGGUGCGGCAGGAGCAGGAGCUGCAGCGGCGCCGGCAGGAGGCCGCGCAGCGGCGGCGUCAGCUGCAGCUGGAGCAGCAAGAGCAGCGGCGGCGCCGGCAGCAGGAGCUGCUUGAACAGCAGCAGCAGGAGCAGCAGCAACAGGAGCAGCUGCUGCAGCAGGCAGUGCUAGAGGCUCUGAAGCCGACUGCUGUGCCCACGCCUACAGCUGCUGCGGCGGCGGCUGCUCGCAUGAGCUUGGAGGCCUGGGAGGUGGAGGACCGUGCGGGGGCCGGGCUCGGUGCUGAGGCGGCGGGCGAGGAGCAGGAGGAGGGCGCUUAUGAGGACCGCAGUGGGGAGCUGGCAUGGCAUCGCCUCAAACGUGCGGGCGGCGGCAGCAGCAGCAGCGCGGCCGGUGGAGAUGAUGGCAGCGGGAGCCUAUUUGCCGGUCGCCGCCGCAAGCCCAACAUUGAGCCGGCGGCUAAGGUGCCAGUCGUGGCGGCUGGCGCGGCGGCUGCCGUAUCCGCCUCAUUCAUGCCGCUUGGUGACGGCGGUGACGGCGAGGCCGAGGAGCAGGCAGAGCAGGAGCCUACGGAUGCACGGGGCGUGGAGGAGGAGUCAGCGCGGAGCGACGCGGCAGGCGCGGCUGCAGCAGGACAGACACGCAAACCCGCCCCUAGCCCGCUCGGCGCCACUGCUGCAAGGUCUGCAAGACGGCUGCCGGCGGCGUCGGUGCGCGCCGCAGCGUGUGCUGCUCUUAAUGCUGCUGCAGUGGCCGCUGCGCAAGGCGGCGUCACAGCUGUUGCGGGGCAUGCGGCGGUGGGAGUGCCGGCAAUGGCAGCGCACUCCGCAGAGACACUGCGAGGGCCACCUGUGCCAACAUCAGCGCCGGGGCAGUCCCCGUCGGUACCGCGCCUUGCACCGCAGAUCAAGCGGCACAGCCGCCCCGCCACCCGCGCCGCCGACAUGCAAUUGGAUGCCGCGGCGGAGGCCCUGACCGCAGCAGCACCGCUGACCGCCGCAGACGCCGCAGGCGCUGUCUCUGGUGCUGUCGUUGCCACUGUUGGUGUUGUUGCAGUGGCGGCGCCUGCGGCUGCUGCAGCUGCUGCUCAGCGGCCGACUAUCGCGUCCAAGAUUUCGGCGAUCCUGGCUGAGGCUCGGGUCAUCAAGCAACAGCACGAACAGCAGCAACAGCAAGAGCAACACCAACAGCAACAGCAGCAGCAAUCAGUGCAGCAGACGCCUGCGGCUGCCGCUGCUGCAAAGCCGUCUGUGGCUGGAGCCGGAGCACCCGGCGAAACCGAAGAGCCACGGCUGCAGCCGCCGCCUGUGCGCACAAGCAGUCAGCAGCAGGAGCAGGUCGCUGCAGCUUUGCUGGGUGCACCUUCGGCGGCGGAUCCGGCAGUGGCUCCGGUGAUGCCGGACGCUGCCACUGAGCCACCGGCGCCACGGACCUCUUUGCUGCCGCCUGCAGACACGGCCUCCCCUGCCAGUGGUGCCCUGUCCGCCGUGCCUGCCGACGCACCGGUUCUCGGCGCCGGUGUGCAGCUGCUGCCAGAGCAGACGCCGCCAAGUGACUCGUGUGCGGUACCGCCCAGCCAUAGUUCUGUAUCUGCGAACAAUGCUGCCGGCGCUGAUAGUGUGGCCCCUGCUGACGCGCCCGCGGCUACGGCGGCGGAAGCACCGGCAAGCGACGGGCACGGCGCCUGUGCAGCGGGCGGCACAUUGCCGCUAGCGGGUGCCGACGCCGCCGGAGCUGACGCGGCGGCAGGUGCACCCGCAGCUGCGUCGGGCGAGGACUCACAGGACUCCGUGCUGGCGCUGCUGCUCGGCCUGCCGGUGCCGGAGUCGAAGAAGGGCGCCGCCAUUGGCGCAUCGCAGCGCGGCGGCGGGAGCCAACCCCCCACGGCGGCCGCGGUGGCGGGGGUGCGUGAGCAGGCCGCUGACGUCGAUGAAGACGGAACUGCUACUGCGGUGGGCGCCGGUGCUGAGUCGGGAGCUGGUCAGGAUGUAGCUGCGGCUGCCGCACCGGCCCCCGCUAUGACGGCAGACACUGCCAACCUGGAUGCCAGCUGCAGUAACGCCAUCAUCAGUGCCAGCACCCGCACGGGAUCACAGCAGCCUUUUCCCGGCCGAGCAGCAGCGAAAACAGAGGCCAAUGCCACCGCAGGCGAGGCUGGUGCAGGCGCCACAGCCGCGCCCCCUACUGCCACAGGGCCUUCACCGUCGGUGCCGGAGGCACCAGCGGCACAGGUGGGCCUGUCGCCUGCAGCUGACUUUUCUGCGGCACCAGGCGUUAGCACACCGGACCGUGUGCCGCUGGCCGCACCGCUGCCGGCUGUUCAGCAGGCGGCUGCAGUGCCGGUCGGCACCCAGGCGCUGCAGUAUCCACAGCCACUGCCGUCUCAGCCACCGCCACAGCCAUCCCAACCACCGCCACUGCUGUCAUCUUCACAGCACACUACUAGUACCAGGCCUGGUCCGGUUCGGAUGGGUGCCCCAGAGUCAGCGGCACCUGAGGUGACCGCAGGUGGCGCCGACCGUGGCGGUGACGGUGGCGGCGGUCGGCCAAUGGCUUAUACACAACAGCUGCAGCCCGAUGGCAUGCACGCUGUCACCAGUGCCUUCAAAUUUGCCACAGAUGCGCCCAGCACUGUACACGCAGCAGAUGAAGGGCGGGAGCAGCAACAGCAGCGGCAGGACGCUGAGGUGCAGGGCAGCCUUACGGGUUUGGCGGCGAGCGCGGCGUCGGCGGCUGGAGCAUCUUGCGUGCCCGCACCGGCAUCACUCAUGCCGCCGCCCUCCUGCACAGCACGAGCACCAACACAGCCGACAUGGUCAAUGCCGUUGCCGUCGCCGCUGGCACAGCCGCCGCAGCCUCACCAAGGCCAGCAGCAGCACCAGCAGGCGCCGCACCCGUACCAGCCUGUGGGCCUCUUCCGCCGGCCGGCCUCCAUGCCGCCUCCGCCGCCACGCUUCCAGACGGCUCCGGCGCCCUUCCCCUCCGCCCUGGAUUCGGUGGGGGUGCUGGGUGCGUUUGAUGAUGACGACACAGAGGAUGACGCCAUGGGCGGCCGUAGCGGCGGCGGUGGUGGAGUUGGCGGCGACGGUGGUGCGAAAGCUGCGGGUCCAGGGGCUACCGUGCUGCCAGCCUUCACAACGCCUGUCGCGGCCACGGCACUGGUGGAGCAGGAGGCGCAGCGGGAGGUUGCUGGAAGCCAACAGCCGCCGCGGGCAUCCGUGGACGCAGCUGCGGCUGCCUUGUCAGCGGCGCCCGGCAAGGUCCAGGAGGUUGAGGCGGUGCAGGCAGGCCCACAAGCUGACGAUGAGGCGCAGGCGGAGCAACCGCCACUGCCGAUAUUAAACGCCGCUGCUGCCGAUGAGGAGCGUGCAGCGGCCGCAGCCAGCCGCGCAGGUGCUCCAGAGGGCGCAGGUGUCGCGGUGGCGAGUCCUGCUACGGAUGAGGACACGGACACGGCGGCGCCAGCACUGCAAUCGCCGCUGCUGGUGGGCGCAGGCGUGGCCGUGUGCAUGGAUGGCGGCGCCAAUGCCACCGCGGCCCAGUGUUACCGCGGCCCAGUGUUACCAGUUGACGUGGGUGCGGAGGCGCCAGCUCGCGUGCCACUGCCGCCGCCGGUGAUGACGGCGCCGGCGGUGGCGCCAGCAGUAGUGGAGACAGAGACAGCGAGCCCUGGCGCAGAUGUCGGCGCUGCUGCAACGGGUGUUGAUGAGCCAGGCCAGCCGACGCUGCCGGCACAGGCGGAUGCGGAUGCGGUGCCUGAGACGCCACCCUCUCAGCCGACCCAGAUGGAGGAGGCUGCGGAGGCGGCGCCCGCGCCAGUAGCAGCUGUGCCCGUGGCUGCCGCGGCUGCGGACCCAUUUCAGCAGCAGCAAGAUCAGCAGCAAGCACCGGAGCACAUGGGCGGGUCGGCGCCGGUGGGUGAGCAGCCUGCUGGUGUUGCUGAAGUGGAGAUGCGGCAGGGCGCCGCAGCAGCAGCCGAAUCGGCGCCUAUUCCUGACGGGGCAGUCGCCACGGCAACACCGGCUGUCGACGUGGCGUCUGCGGCCGCGGAGGAUGCGGGCGCGGUGCCGCAGACGCCGUUGUCGGCGCCGAGCCAGGUGGAGGCGGUGGAGGCGGAGGCCUCGACGCCACUAGGCGCCGCUGAGGCGGCUGACGCGCAGGUGGAGCAGCAACAGCAGGAGGCGGAUGAGCCAGCGAAGCAACAGGCGGAUCAGGAGACCGAGGGCGUUUUCAUGGAACUGGACGGAGGAGGGCCCAUGGAACCAUCUGGCAUGGGAGGCGGCGCCGCGGCGACAGAUCAGGCGCCCGCAGCGCUCCCGGUACCAGCUUCUGUGGUGCAGCCUGGACCGCUGGAGGACCCGCUGGAUGGAGCGGCGGCGGUGGCUGAGGUGGCGCCCGCUACACCGUCGCCGGCAGCGGCGGCUCAGGAGGCGGAAGCAGUAGUGCCGGCAAUUCCGCCGUCUCCGCUGACCCAGAUGGAGUCGGAAGCAGGGGAGCAGGCUGUGGCCGUGGCUGUGACUGGCGCUGUGACUGGGUCAGGGGCGCCGCUGGCGCAGGCGUCACAGCUGCAGGGUACGGGACGGGGUGGUACCCAGGAAUAUGCCGCCUGCGCUGAGGUGGAGGCGGUGCUGCAGGCGGCGGUGGAUGCCGUCGUGGCGGCAGCGAUGGGCAGCAGCAGCAGCGGCGCUAGCGAGGAUGCUGACGGGGGAGUGCAGGGGGCGGCGGGUGUGGGCGCUGCCGUGAAGCAGGCAGCGGAGGCAGCAGCGACAGCGCUGCAGCAGGACCGCAACCCAGCUGCCGCACCGCCAACCGCCCCGGCGCUUCAGGAGGCGGCAUCAACGGCGGCAGCGGCGCCGGCGGCGUUGGUGGUGGUGGCGGCGGUGGCGGCGGCGGCGGCGGCGGUGGCUGUAGAGCAACAGCAGGCGGCUGACAUUGCAGAACCAGUGGCUGCACCGGCACCUGCGCCGCCCGCACAACACGUCGGCAGCGGUGGAGGCAACGCACACGAGCGCGGCUCGGUGGACCCCGGCGGUGUAGGCGGCGAUGGCACGACUGGCGGCAGCGCCGCCACCUACGGCGGCGGCGGAGGCAGCGGUGCAGCAGCGGCGUCCGCAGGCGGCGACACGGGCGGUGGCAUUGCAAGCGCAGGAGCUGGCCCGGAUGGCAUGCGCAGCGUGGCCGACGCAGACGGCGCGACGGACGGCGGCUCUGCCGCUGGCAAGGGCCCAGCCGGCGGCGGCGGCGGCGGCCUGGGACUCGUCGCUAUGCAGGGUGCCGCUACUGCCGCCGGCAGCGGAGGUGGUGCGCAGGAUGCCCUAGAGGCAUUGCUGCUUGGCAUCUAGAGCAGGAUGGGGCGGCAGGAGGCAAAUAGGAAGGCUAUGCUUUGGUGCGCAUGGUGCGUGGCCAAUCUUAGAAGGUGGCGUGGGGUACAUGGGGUGGAUCAGGGUGGAUAUGUCGUGAUGUGCACGAGGUGUGCCUGUGCUUCGCUGCUAGGCAUAAAGGCUGCUGGAUGGGCGGAUAGCGGCUUUCGGCCAUGUGGGUCGGCGACUCUCAAGUGGUCAAGUCGACGGUGAGCAAAAGCACAUGCGAAGCGCGCAAGCAUGUACAGAAUGGGUGACCUGGUGCAGGCAGGGUGUGGAGCGUGGUCUCCACGAAAGGCGGCGGCGCCCAGCAAAUGCACGUCGGUAUGUGUAAUGCGCUGCGGUG